CAAUCAAUAAUCAACAUAAACUGGUCACUAAUUUGUAACUAACAUAAAUUAGCAUAUCAUAUAAACAAGUGGUGAACUGAUAUUAAGUUUUUGUCAAUUUCAAAUUUUUGUGUAUUAUAUUAAAAAAAAAAAAAAUAGUUUCUUUGUUUUAUCGGACGAUGGUAAUAUUUCGUUUAAUGUACUUAUAAUGUAACAGAGAGCGUGGAUAACAACAAUAUUAAUGUGCUUAUAGAGCCUACCUUCUUAUUAUAAAGUAUAUGAAGGAGUUUUUUGUAUUCUUAAUAUAUAUAUAACCAAUCAACGAUACUUGUAAUUUGAGAUAGAAGUGGAUAAUGAAAUCCGGCUUUUAUUUUUUGCUUUUAUGUAUUCUAUUUUAUCAGUAUACUUUUGUUAUAUAAAAUGGCUUACAUUGAAAGUGUUCAAGUUGAUACUAAUUCAUUUCUAAUUCUUCAAACGAAAAUAAUUUAAUGUUUAUGUAAACAUUGAAUUAAGUUUGUAAUGUUUUUUAUCUUAUAAACCGAUGAUGUGAUUGAAAGAUCGAAUAAAAUAAUAUUUAUAGAAAAUUUUGUUGAUCUGUAUUCACAGGUCAUAUUAAUAUGCACAGUCAUUCAUUCUUGUGAAGGUGAAAAUUAUAUAUUACGAAUGUUUUAAAAAAAACUUUCCUACGCUAUUAUUAUUUAUGUAUAUUCAUACCAAAUGUUGAUCAUAUAUCAUUUUUCAUUGUAAAGAAUAUUAUUUCUUUACAAAAAUAUAAUCGUAGAGCUGAAUUUAAAGUGCUUUCACAUUAAAUAUAAAAAUAAAAUUUAGUAAAAAAAAGAAAAAUUUCAGGUGGAUAAGAAGUUUAAUAUAUCAUAAAAAAGUUUAAACAUAUUUUACAAUGUCAGUCAAUGUUGUAAAAUUUACUAAAUUAAGAACAACUAUAGACCCAACAUUUUGGGCAAAAUUUGCUGAAUUGAAGGUAGAUAAACUUCGUUUGGAUGAUAAAUCUCAAAUUAAAUUAUGGGGAAGAUAUUCUUUUGAUGUUCCAGAGAUUGAAAAAAAUAAUCCUUUAGUAUUGGAUUAUAUGUCAUUUAAUGAGAACGUAGAAUCAAAUUCAAUUAAUAACUCAAUAAUAUGUUAUGGUUAUAUGGUUAAUACCAAUACAUAUGAAGCUUUUCGAAAGAUUAAUCCACAAAAUUUUAUUGAUUCAGUAGGAAAAUGUAUUAUUAAUGAUAUUAUGUCUGGUGCAGCAUUGGCAGAACCAUGGAAACUUGCUGUAUUUUUAAUAUUUUCAUAUGCUGAUUUGAAAACAUAUAGGUUUCAUUAUUGGGUAGCACAUCCAACACCUUUAUCUUUACCAGAAAUGUAUUUUGAAAAAAUACAGAAAUCAAUAAAUGACAAUUUCAUGGUUGAUCAAUUUGAUAAAUUGUACGAAGGUUUUCAACAAUUGGAUUAUAAACAAAAAUCAUUUUUUUCUGUUUUUGUAUUCGAUGAAGAAAAUAUCAAAGUUGAUACUUUAAAUGAAGGUAUAAAAUAUAUUAAUGCACAAGAAAAUACAGUUGGGACAGAUUGUGAAGUAUAUUUUGCAUUCUAUAAUCCAUGCAAAAGAUUAUUAGAACCUGGUUGGCAAUUAAGGAAUCUUUUAUGUUUAUUAUUUUGGCAUUGCUCCACGUUUUGUUUUACAAAGAAUAUACAAAUAUUAUCUCUAAAUAGAGAUGAUUUUAAAACAGCUGUUGUAUAUACUUUGAAAUGCAAAGAAUAUGCAGAACAAGAAAUUGUGAAAAAAUCGAUUUUUGACAGUCAUUUAGUUGGAUGGGAACAUAAUGAAAAUGGUAAAAUGGGCCCUCAAAUUGUUGAUUUAUCUGAAAUUUUAGAUCCAAAUAAGUUAGCAGAAAAAGCAAUUAAUUUAAACUUAAAACUAAUGAAAUGGCGCCUUGUUCCUGAUUUGGAUUUAGAGAAGAUCAGCAAUCUCAAAUGUUUAUUGUUGGGUGCUGGAACAUUAGGAUGUUCAGUAGCUAGAGUACUCAUUGGUUGGGGAAUCAGCAACAUUACUUUUGUGGAUAAAUCAAUUGUUUCUCACAGUAAUACAGUAAGACAAAGUCUUUUCAUUCAUGAAGAUGCUGUGAAACGAAAAUUCAAAGUAGAUGCAGCUAAAGAUGCUUUGCUUAGGAUUCGGCCAACUAUGAAUGUGCAUGGUAUUAAAUUACAAAUUCCAAUGCCUGGACAUGUUGUUGGGCAAAGUAUGUUAAAUACAACUAAAGAAGCUGUGAAAGAAUUAAAAGAUGCUAUUGCUGGAAACGAUGUAGUAUUCUUAUUAUUAGAUUCACGUGAAGCUAGGUGGUUACCAACUUUAUUAUGUGCAGCAAUGAAUAAAAUAACUAUCAAUGCAGCUUUAGGUUUCGAUUCUUAUAUGGUACAACGACAUGGUGUAAGAAAUUUAACAGAUAUUCCUGUAUCAAAUGUGACCUCACAAAAUCCUGAUGGAAAGAAUCUUGGAUGUUAUUUUUGCAAUGAUAUAACACAACCAGGAAAUUCUCAAACAGAUAGAACUCUUGACCAGCAGUGUACAGUAAGUCGUCCAGGAUUGUCUCAAAUUGCUGCAGGUUUAGCAGUUGAAUUAAUGAUUGCAAUAACUCAACAUUCACAGGGUUUAGAAGCUAAGGCAUUAGCAGCUGGAAUUAAAAAUAAUGUUAAUUCAAAUAUCAAAGAUAAUACAUUAGAAGGAUUACUUGGAGGUGUACCACAUACAAUAAGAGGAUCUCUUUGGGGAUAUGAAUCUUAUUUAACUAUUACACACAGAUUUUCCUCUUGCACUGCAUGUUCCAUACCUUUAAUAUCAGAAUACCAAAAACGUGGCUUUGAGUUUAUACUUGAUGCUUGCAAUAUACCAAACUAUUUGGAAAAAUUGUGUGGUCUAGAAGAACUCUUGAAAAGACCAGACUUGGACGAGCUUUGUAGUUCUAUAGAUGCUUCUAGUGAAGAAGAAUAACAGAGUCAAAUUGAUAAAAAUCAAUUGCUCUUACAUUUUUUAUCCUAAUUUUUAUGUAUAUUUAAAAUAUAUUUAUACAUUUUCCAAAUCGGACGUUCAAGUAUUAGACUAUUGAUGAAUAUUUAGACAUUUAUUAUAUUACUUGUGUACUUUAUAUACUUGCAAUAUAUUGUAUAACAUGAAUGUAAAUAUUGUCUGUUUCAAUCGAACGAUAAUAAAUGUGAUUAAGAAAACAUAA